AAUCGCUUCAGUGGAUUUAUACACAUAUUAAUAAUUUUAAAUAUUUGCUGUCAAUUUAUUUUUCCAUCAUGGGAAUACUAGGUGAUUUAUCUUAAGUAAAAUUCGAGGAAUUUCAAGUGAGCACGAGUCAUCGAUCAAGAAUAAAAACUUAGAAAAUGGAAAUGUUAUUUGCGCUUGUAUAUAUUUUUGGAAUGUUUUCUGGUGAACAUGCUACUGAUAGCGUCGAUGGCAAUAAAUUAGCACAGGAACUUAAAAAGAUAAAAGAAGACAUUGGUGUCAAUUAUAUGCAGGAACAUUUCAAUAAUUUUCAAUAUGAAAUUAAGUCGGACACAGGAACACAGUUAUUGAACAGGAUUCAAUCCAGCCUGGACACGUCUCUAAAUGACUUGAAUUUAGUUCUAGACAAUGUAAAUUCCAAGGUUUUAUCUGUGUAUUCAAGUACUCCGGAUUCUCAAUUAACAAAUUUAGAUAGAUGCUGUGAUCUUCAGGACACUGACGUAACGUACUUGCCGGAGUUCCAGUCAAAAGUCGAUAGAAGUAAAGCAUGUGUUACCACAUCUCCCUUGGCUGCAAACAAUUUGAAAUACCCAACAGACCAAAUCAGUGAUAUAAUGAAAAAUAACUAUGAAAACAACAAGAAUGUGUUAUGGCAGCACUAUAGCACAACAGACGGCGUGUCUGUUAUUUACCCAGCUACGAAGUGGGAUAACUGUCAGAACUUUGAUCCAAGAUUUAAAUCUUCAUACGCAGCAGCAGCUUCGCCAACUGAUAAGGAUGUUGUAAUAGUGAUUGAUGCAAGUUCAUCUAUGAGACAGCCAUCUGGAGUACCAGCCAAAACCAAGAUUGUCAUUGCCAAAGAAGCAGCAAACAAUGUCUUACAAACGCUGAAACCGAAUGAUAGGGUAGGGAUUGUUCGAUUUGAUAAAAAUGCAUAUACUCCAACAGGAGGUACCUAUAGUUCCUGUUAUGAAAACCACCUUGCAUUUGCAACAAAAGAAAAUACGGACAAAUUAAAACAAUAUAUGUUUUCAAUAGAGCCAGGAGAUGCUGAGCCUAACUUUGAAAAUGCGUUAUUAUCUGCAUUCAAAUACUAUAAUUCCUCUGAAGAAGGUGUUCCACUGGAAAAUAGAGAACAAGUCAUUCUUUUCAUCAGUGAUGGUAUCUCUUCAUCAGGGAGUAACCCGGUUCAAGUUAUCAGCGAUGAGAAUUCAAAAUAUGAGAACAAAAUUGCAAUAUUUACUUACUUGCUGGGACAAGAGCAAAAUGCAAAGACACAGUUACAAAGUAUGGCAAAUCAAGAUCUACACAAUGUUUCUUUUGGACCUAAACAAAUUGGAAACUUCGAAUAUUUUGACCAAGGCAACCAGAAAUUUCUUCCAACUAAAUUGGCUACAUUUUAUGUACAUCUAUCAACAGGCAGUCAAUCAGGGCAAUCAACAUUCACUGUACCAUAUGUGGAUCCCUUCUCGGAAGUUGGGUUGAUUACAUCAUUAUGUCGCCGUGUUCAUGUGUCGACUGGUUUUCAUGGAGUUAUGUGCACAGACGUGAAAAUAAGUAAACUCUUAACUGAAAUUGAGUACUUCUCUGAGGACGAAUUUACCUAUGCGUUUAUGAUAGAUGGUACAGGGAGAGCACUUAUGCAUCCUUUGUUACCAAAUGCAGCAUUUGUAAAUCAACACAAGACCCUGUUUUAGUCGAUAUUGGUGUAUUCGAACGAGAAGAUAAUGCCAAAUCAGUCAUUGAAUCAAUGAAAAGCGGAGGCACUGGUUCCACAUCUUUUACGAAGUUCUUCACCAAACCACGUGGUAAACUAGUUAAUGAUGGUAGUAGUGAUAUCAGUCGCCAGGCACAUUUCUUUUGGGGUUCGAUACCUAGGAGUAACUUUUCUGUGUGUGUUGUUUUUGUGAACGAAUCGUAUGCCGAAAUUUCGGAAUCCCAGUUUCAACUGAGUGACACAGAUAUAGACAAGGUUUUUAUGUACCAUAAUCGAAGUUUGCUUACUGAUCCCUUUACUGAUUGUAAAUUCUACAAGAGGCGUGUAACAUUAGACCGUAGUUGUGUAAAGUUUUCACAAGCUGCCUUUGAAAACCCUUUUCAAUAUUUAGACCGUGAUGAGACUGCGGCAGAUGUCAGUAAAUACAAAGAUUUUCUAACAAAAAAGAUCGUCACUAAUCCUGGAUUUAAGUCAACACUUCGGCCAUCUGUUUGGGCUACGUAUAAAGCUGAACAAUUUUGGAAGAGUCAUAAGGCGAGGUACGUGGCAUGGCGAUACAUUGCAACAAAGGCAGGGCUGAUCAGGAUUUAUCCUGGAGUUAAUCUACUAAAAUCAUAUGACCACGAAAAGCGAGGCUGGUGGCGACAGGCGAUGGCACACCCAGACUCCAUGUUCGUAACCACACCUUAUGUUGAUGCCUGGGGAUCAGGAAUAGUUCUAACAUUUGUACAUACGAUACAUAAAAAAGGUUCGAAUAUAGUAACUGCUGCAUCAGCUGCCGAUUUUCCAUUGGAAUAUUUUAAUUGGUUCAUAACUAGUGUGUAUCCAUCCUGUGGCGAUAACAGUGGCUACAGUUGCAUUAUAAUAGAUGACAGUGGAUUUGUUGUAAUGCACCCAAGACUCAAAGAGACAACCGACGAAAAUGCAUUUAAGGAACCUAAACAUAUCACUGUAGAGGAACCUCGUAUUGCAAAAAUAUUGCGAAGUCAAGGCGUGUUAAUUCCAAAAUCCUGUCAAGAUUAUUCUACGAAUAAAGAACUUUCGUCCUAUAGGGUGACGUUACCAACAAUAAUGUCGAGUGGACUAGAUUUUGCCAAUACAGAUGACACGUUUGAGUUGCGACCUAUAACAGAAACUAAUCUGUUUAUUAUCAGAAGCCAGUCCCAGUCAAAUCAACCGCUAACAUGUACUUGUGAUGACUCUAAGUCACCAGAUGUUGUGGAAUGUAAAAGCAACUGUAACUGAUUAUGUCAUAAACCUAUCAUCUACAACGUGUGUGCCAACACAUAUGAUACAAAAUCUGCCCCUUUCCCAUGCAGUGCGAGACUACCUGAUACAUCAGGAGUGAGUGAACCUGAUGUUACAGAUGGACUGGAAGCAUGCUAUAUUCCGACAUGUCAUUCCCGACCAAAAAAUGAAGAUUGUUUUAGCGAGGCAGAGUGUAGCUGGUGUGAAUAUACGGACACAGGCCAACAGAUAGAUAUGCCAUGUUGUAGAUUAAAGGAGGAAUGCACUUUCGGAAAAACAAAAUCUACAACAAGAGAUACUUGUGAUGAAAGCUUAAGCUCUUACCAAGGAUUCAACUAUAUAUACAUUCUUGAGUGACUGAUUAUAAACAUUAGAACAUUUUUGAAAUGACAGCGACCAUCGCAUCAAUUGUUUCUGUAUAUUCACCACUACCAAACCCAACUUCAACAGAUAAAUCGUCAGGUGGUACUGAAGCAAGUACAAUUGGAGGAAUAAUUGGUGGAUCUAUAUUUUUUGGCAUCCUAAUCACUCUUAUAAUAAUUUUCGGAAUAAAGUAUUUCCGAUCUAAAUAUGCAAAUGAAGAUGUGGAUCCUUAUUUAGAUGCUGUUCCAGGUCAUGAACUUAGACAAUUCACAGAAAAAGAGGAAUUCAGUAGUGCUGAAUCACUACCACCACCCUACAAAAUACAACCUGCAGUUAAUCAAAACUUUUAUUGUGACUCGGCUUCUUAACUAAAAGUUUAAUAUAGACUAAUGUUACUAAAAAGUAUAAGAAAAAUGUAAACAAAUACCCGUGUAUACUUUCUGAUCAACUCUGGUUUAAACUUAUAUCAAAAAUCUAAAAAUGAUUUAAAGGAUUGUUUGCUAAAGACUGGAACACAUUAAUAUUCAUUUUCACGUUUACGAACCCCACUCAGCAGGUGUCGGAAUCUUUAUAUGUAUCUUUUCCUUUUUCAGUUUGUUGUUAAUUUUAGACGUCAUAGAUUUGAGUCAAUUAGUCAGAAAGUUACUUCCUGACUUUGUUUACUUUUUAAAAAAUAUCUUCAUUUAAUUAAUAAAUUCUAUAAGUGAGAUCAUUCUUCCACAAUAAAUACUAUCUGGGUU